AUGCAGUAUCCAUACUUGAUUUCAAGAUCGCUUGAUCCUAUUAUUGGCAUUGGAAUGGGGGUCGCAUCAUAUUACUUGUAUGAGCAAAGGGUUGGGCGUGCUGAGGGCCACUCAUUGAAUGAAUUGGUGGUAAAAAGGUUUAAAGAAUGGAAAGAAAGAGGAAUGAGAAAAGAAAUAGAAUGA